AUGAAAUUUUCCACAUUAAUUGCAAUCAUCUUUGGCCUAUUAACAUCGAUGGCGCUCACUCCCAUUAAAGCUGAUCAUAAAGUGUGGAUACAUAACAAGGUUAUGGCUGGUACACAUACAUUUGUUACAGCUUCCUUAACAAACGGAGAAGGGGGACAAUUCGCCAGCAAAGAUGCAAUUGCUUUCAAGGAUUAUUCUUUGACUAUUCCUGAUAAUGUAAGCACAUAUUACCUCGAUUUCGCUGUAGAAAAAGGUAUUUCUAAACAGCGUGGCCCAAUCACUAAUGAUGGGGAUAAAUGUUAUCGCUUUCAUGAUAAUGUAGCUGAUUGGGAU